CCCUGUCCCCAUCAGCAACAUGCGUUUCUCCAUCCUUGCUGCUCUUGCCCUCGCUGGCCCUCUCCUUGUCAUUGCUGCUCCAGCUGGCGAGGCGCCUGCUGUCGCUCAGGACACUUCCAUCUCCUCGACCUGCGACGACGAGUUCUGCGACAGGCGUGAAUUCUUUUACGCCGACAGCUCCUUCAAUACCGACACGGUGUGCGACGGCUUCCGCAGCGAAUGCUACAAGCGCGCCUCUUCCACCGUCCAGCUCCGAGCCACCUGCCGCGCUCAUCCCGAUCAAGGCUUUGUGCGCUUCCAAUGCGUCGAGCUGCGCAACCGCGGAGGAGCAUGGAGCGGUACGUCUGAAGUUGGAAAGGAGAUCGGUCUGAAGGAGGUCAGGCAGUCCGACGGACGCUGCGAUGAAAUCUACCAGGGACUCUGCGUCGACGAUCAAGCGCCCACGGGCACGGUCCAGCUGCAAGACCCUUUCUUGUCCCAGCCUGCACCUUAGAGCACGCGCAAUGAUGCUCUGUGAGAAGACCGCGGCUGGCAUUGUGCAAGUCGAGUCAAGCGCUUCCAACAAUCGAACCCAACCACAAGAUCCUACAUUCUUACUACUCUUCGCUUCACAAUUGCCUUUCUAAUGAUAUGAUGCCCCCUGUCGCCUUCCUUGCUCCAAUCUCUCCGUUAGUGCAAAUGCGUGAAUUUGUUUCUUC